UUUUGGCAAACAAACGGGCGACAAGGAGACGUCGUUAAUGAUUCUGUCAACAUGACAUAGCAAUCUUCCUUUGUUUGUGUCAGAGAUUCCAGCGGGGCGUUGCAGUGUCAGAUAGCAGGAUUGCAGACCGCUGUUUAAAACGUGAAGCUCUCGUGUUAUCGAUUCAAAACCAGUAAGGGUCGAUACUGAUAGGAGCAACGCAGAAUUUGAGACCAGUCGAGAAAGGUGAACGUCGGGAUAAUGUCGUGGCUACAUUGGAUAUUUCUUGUGGUAUAUUUUGGAUAUUCAUUUGGAAACAAUAAGCCAGCAGUUCGUGUGAGAAUCACGCAAAAAGGUCUUGACUAUGCAAUUGACAAUGCAAUGGAUUAUGCGAAGGCGAAAAUGAAGAACUAUCCUUUGCCCGACAAGAAUGGCAAGUUAGCCAACUUCUUCUUUGAUGUGAAAUACAGUUUUACCAACAUGACGAUAUACAAUAUAAACAUUUCGGACAAAUCUUUGCGACCUGUUCCAAGACGAGGAUUGUACACCGUUUUGAGGAAUAUCAACUUUGACAUCAAAGGAAAAUGGAAAAUCAGUAUGGGUUGGUUUGCUAAUUAUGGUACUUUCAAUGUCGCAGUUCAAGGCAUGUCCGUUGGGAUCCUUAUUGAUCUAGGUGUGAAUGGAGAUCGCCUUGUUGUUUCCCGAGUGACUUGUGCCUCACGACUUGAUGGCGUCAGCAUGGCGCUGAAAUCCGGACAAGGGACAAGCUACCUAUUCCUGGCCACCCAGCAAAUGAUGAAAAAUUAUGUGAAAUCAAAGAUUCCGAGAAUAGUUUGUGAAGAAGGAAGAAAAGCGAUUAGGAAACACUUGAACAAGCAGUUUUCCAAAUUCCCAGUAAAACAAAACCUGAAAAGAUCAGUAACGCUAGAUUACUCUGUUGUCAAGAGACCCGAGUAUAAAAUUGGAGCAGUAGAUUUAUUUUUAAAGGGCGAGUUUCAGCCAGCGGACGGUAGCAUGAAAUGGCAGCAGCAACCCGCCGACCUGCCACGUGAUUACGCACGUGACCGAAUGAUGUACGUCACGAUGAUGGAUCACAUGAUCAACAGCGCUAGUCAUGCGUAUUAUAACCAGGAUGCAAUGCGAGUGAAAGCCACGGUGAAACAGGUUCCUCAACUUCAUGUCAAAGGAGGAUUUUUCAACCGCUAUCUUUCUCGCAUAAAUACUGGGCUGGGAUUAAUAAAGAAAUCUGCGUGCGCAAACUGCGAUCUUCAUAUUACCAUGGAGGCAACUUCGCCACCUCAGAUCAGAACAAGUCAUUCUGGGAUACAUUUAACCGUCCAGGCAACGACGAAGAUCAACGUGGUACUACCCGGUACCAAAAGAGAAGAACUUAAUCUGGAAACGAACAUAACUGCAACGGCAGUUCCAAAACUCAACGGGACAAAGUUAAGCACGAAUAUAACAGACUUGAGAUUGAACACAAGAGUUAUAAAUCCUUCUCUAGUCACAACAUUAUCGGGGAGUGUGGAAGAGAUGAAAGAAAUCGUGAAGAAGGAGGUUGAGAAACUCUUGGAGAAUGGUAUCUCAGGAGUGGAAAUUCCUUUGCCGCUCUCAGAAAAAUUCCAAUUAGUCGAGCCGAGGGUGUCGUAUGGCGAGGGUUACAUGACUUUGGAAACUGAUAUUCUCCUUCGUUAAAGAGAACCUUCUCGAUACUCGAUACUGUUUUUUUACCCGAAUUCUGCGUGGUUCAGUUUCAAUAUAAGUAGUUUCAGUUCUUAUUUUAUUGUAUUAUAAGAAACUCGAUGUUAUGGCAAUGGUUUCUGUAUAGUUUGUUAUUGCGUAAUAUAUAUAUUUAUAUCAGUAUGAAAGUUUAAACAAGAGUCAGACGUGUUACAGUAUAUAGUGCACAAGAUUUUUAGACGUAAGUAUGGCUAUAUAAAUACGUGGUGUUGGGGAAUAAAUUGUGAUAUU